GUCAUGGAAUUUUACACCUCAAUGUACAGCAGUAUUCCAUCAAUAUCUUUCAGCAAUCAUAGGUAGUUUCAGUUUUGCACUGGUUGGAAAUGCAGAAGGUUGGCCGUCCCCAACCCUCCUCAAGAUGAGAGACAUGGAAACUCCGAUGAUCUUGGACUCCAGCCAAAUAUCUUGGAUGGUCUCCAUGAUGUAUAUCGGACACCUCAUCAGUCCAGUGCCAAGUGGAAUGUUGAUGGACAGAUAUGGUAGGAAAAGAGCUAUCCUCUUAUUAUCACUGCCUCCUCUUUUCUCGUGGAUUUUGAUCUGGUUAACAUCUUCAGCGAGGUAUCUGUACAUUGCAAGAUUCCUUGUGGGCCUUUGGGCUGGAGCGGUUUCGACAAUUAUACCCAAUUACAUCGGAGAGAUUGCUUCGCCAAAAAUACGAGGCUCAUUAACAAUGCUAACUGAUCUGAUGAGGAAUUUAGGAGUGCUUCUAGUCUACUUUGUCGGCCAUUAUGUUUCGUACACAGGUCUUGCUAUGAGUUGUGCAAUUUUGACAUUAGUGUUCAUAGUGUCUUUUUCAUUCAUGCCAGAAUCACCAUACUACCACUUAAUGUGCGGAAAAGAAGAGAAAGCUUAUGAAUCACUCAAUUGGCUGAGAGGGAAAAAAGGGAAAAAGGUUGAUAUCGAGUUGCAGAAGAUGAAGGAAGCCAUCGAGCAACAGCUGAUGAACAAAGGGUCUUUUAAGGAUGUUUGGAAUAACAAAGGAAACCGGAAAGCGUUUAUCAUCUCUGAAUUUUACUCUGUGAUGAAAAGAUUGACAGUCAGUUGUGUACUUACAAUUGUGUUUACAUGGGUGUAUGUCCCGGAAACUCACGGUAAAUCUUUAGAAGAAAUCCAAAGAGUGUUAAAUGGGGAGAAAAUUGGUAACAAGACUGAGAAAUUGAGCAAAAUCAGUGUUGAACGGUACUAA